GGGCUGCAGUGGACGGAGCUGGUGCAGAGGUGGACGGACAAGGACGGGCGCUGCCUGCCCUUCCUGGCUCCGGGGAAGGCCAAGGCCGGCACCUACAAGCUGCGCUUUGAGACGGCAGCGUACUGGCAGGGCCUGGGGCGCGCCAGCUUCUACCCCUUCGUGGAGGUCGUCUUUACCAUCGCUGACCCGACCCAGAGGCUGCACAUCCCGCUGCUGAUCAGCCCCUACUCCUACACAACGUACCGGGGCAGUUAGGGGAAAGGCACGUCCUCCCCGCAGGGAUGCCGGUCAUCGGGGGUGAAACUAC